AUGCUGACUGGGCUCGUCUUCCCUGCAGUGCCACCCACUGGGCUCGUCUUCCCUGCAGUGCCACCCACUGGGCUCGUCUUCCCUGCAGUGCCACCCAGUGGGCUUGUCUUCCCUGCAGUGCCACCCACUGGACUCGGCAGUGCCACCCACUGGACUCGUCUUCCUGCAGUGCCACCCACUGGACUCGUCUUCCCCUGCAGUGCCACCCACUGGACUCGUCUCCCUGCAGUGUGCCACCCACUUCCCCCUGCAGUGCCACCCACUGGGCUCGUCUUCCCUGCAGUGCCACCCACUGGGCUCGUCUUCCCUGCAGUGCCACCCACUGGGCUCGUCUUCCCACACUGCCACACACUGGGAUCAUUUUCCCAACCACAGACUGUCAUCUUCCCUGCAGUGCCCCCACUGGACUCGUCUUCCCUGCAGUGCCACCCACUGGCCUUAUCUUCCCUGCAGUGCCACCCACUGGACUCGUCUUCCCUGCAGUGCCACCCACUGGGUCUCAGUGCCACCCACUGGGCUCUUCCCUGCAGUGCCACCCACUGGACUCGUCUUCUGCAGUGCCACCCACUGUCUUUCCCUGCAGUGCCACCCACUGGGCUGCUUCCUGCAGUGCCACCCACUGGGCCUCUGCCACCCACUGGCCUCUUCCCUGCAGUGCCACCCACUGGACAGCAGUGCCACCCACUGGACUCGUCUUCCCUGCAGUGCCACCCACUGGGCCCUUCCCUGCAGUCCACCCACUGGACUCGUCUUCCUGCAGUGCCACCCACUGGACUCAGUGCCACCCACUGGGCUCUCUUCCCUGCAGUGCCACCCACUGGGCUCGUCUUCCCAAUAGUGCCACACACUGGGAUCAUUUUCCCAACAGACUGGGCUGUCCCACCCACUGGGCUCGUCUUCCCUGCAGUGCCACCCACUGGGCCCCGUCUUCCCUGCAGUGCCACCCACUGGACUCGUCUUCCCUGCAGUGCCACCCACUGGGCUCGUCUUCCCUGCAGUGCCACCCACUGGGCUCGUCUUCCCUGCAGUGCCACCCACUGGGCUCGUCUUCCCUGCAGUGCCACCCACUGGGCUCAAGAGACAUCUAAAUUCUCACCUAUUACUUCUCUCUCUUUGUCUGUUAUCUUGGGAGAGACAAUAUUUUUUUUUUGCCUGUUGUCUUUGGAGAGAUGUCUGCCUCUUCACUCAUUAUCUUUGGAGAGAUGUCUGCCUCUUCACUCAUUAUCUUUGGAGAGAUGUCUGCCUCUUCACUCAUUAUCUUUGGAGAGAUGUCUGCCUCUUCUUUUUGGAGAGAUGUCUGCCUUUCAUCUUUAUCUUUGGAGAGAUGUCUGCCUCUUCACUCAUUAUCUUUUGGAGAGAUGUCUGCCUCUUCACUUUGGGAGAGAUGUCUGCCUCUUCACUCAUUAUCUUGGGAGAGAUGUCUGCCUUUCACUCAUUAUCUUGGGAGAGAUGUCUGCCUCUUCACUCAUUAUCUUUGGAGAGAUGUCUGCCUCUUCACUCAUUAUCUUUGGAGAGAUGUCUGCCUCUUCACUCAUUAUCUUGGGAGAGAUGUCUGCCUCUUCACUCAUUAUCUUGGGAGAGAUGUCUGCCUCUUCACUCAUUAUCUUGGGAGAGAUGUCUGCCUCUUCACUCAUUAUCUUGGGAGAGAUGUCUGCCUCUUCACUCAUUAUCUUGGGAGAGAUGUCUGCCUCUGUAAAUGCUCUUUUUUUAGUAAUAUAUAUAAAUGGCUGGUAA